CUCGACAUGGGAAAGAGAAUUCAAAACAAAGCUUCUUAAAAUCGGCUGAGUCUUUCGCACCGGAGGGCUGAGUCCGCUAAACUCGUCCCGAGCCACCCGCUCGAGUUGUUACACACACUCACUAGCCGAGCCAGACCACUUCUCUCUCUCUCUCUCUCUCUCUCUCUCUUUCUAUAGAUAAUAUACCGGCGUGACAGACAAUAUGCCAAGGCGUUGUUUAAGCCGUCGAACAGAACAGGCGUCACUCACACGGAGUCUAGAGAGAGAAAAAAACACAUAAAUCGAUCUAGAGGCGUCGCGGCUCUGCUAAGACAGCGUCCCUCCAUCUUUCUCGCUCCUCGAUUUUCUCUCUCUUCGCUCGGCUCAGAUCCGGCUCCGAUCCGGCGUCUCCAACCUCUCUCCCGCUUCGAUCUCCCUCUUUCUCUCUCAACUCUCUUUCCUCCUUUGUUCAGUGACGUCUUUGGAAGACAGAGCUUCUUCAGAGACGGAGGAGUUCGAAUGUUCUCAUGAUUGUUUGUGUAAGGGACUGAGACUUCAACGGAGGACGAUCUGUUCUGGUGUCAGUCUCUCCAACUCUCACUUCUCAUGAAUUUUGGGGUCACAUGAAUUUGUCGGGUGUUAUUUGGCUCAAUCAUGCCAAUUUGUAUGGUUAUUGCAAUGUUUUUUGUUGAAUGAAGAUAUUGUAAAGAGUUGACUUUGAUGGUGCUACUCAUUUUUGAAGACAGGAUCAGUCAGCGGAAAAGCUGGGAACCUAAUGGAAUGGAGUGUUAAUAAUGCAUUUAAAAGCUUAAAAGAUAUGGAACCCAAAUCUGUGAUGGAUAUGACACUCAUUACUGGUAUUGACCCAAUAGAUACUGGAUUGGGUUCUUCAGAGAAGGGAAAUGCUGUUACGACACCAAAACCAAGAAAGAAGACAAUGACAUCAGUUUAUCUCAAGUUUUUUGAAACAGCUUCUGAUGGGAAGAGUCGGAGAUGCAAGUUUUGUGGGCAGAACUACUCCAUUGCAACUGCUACUGGCAAUUUAGGGAGGCACCUUAGUAAUCGCCAUCCAGGAUAUGAUAAAUCAGGGGAUGCCGCUGCCACGAAUCAUGCUCCCCGACCCAGCACUGUAGUUAAGAAAUGCAAUUCUCAAGCUCAAACACCUCAGGUCGAUCUUGACCAUUUAAACUGGUUGAUUAUCAAGUGGGUCAUUCUAGCGGCUCUCCCUCCUUCUACCUUGGAGGGAAAGUGGCUGGGGAACUCCUUCAAAUUCCUCAAUCCUUCAGUACAACUCUGGCCAGGGGAGAAGUACCGAGCAGUACUACUUGAAGUUUUCAGGAGUAUGAGGGAGGACGUAAGGACAAUUUUGGAUCAGGUUUCUUCGAAAGUCUCAAUUACGCUCAAUUUCUGGACUUCCUAUGAACAGAUAAUAUAUAUGAGCAUCACAUGCCAGUGGAUUGAUGAAAACUGGUCCUUCCAGAGGGUUCUUCUAGAUAUUUGUCACAUACCUAGCCCUUGUGGGGGUCCUGAGAUCUAUUAUUCUCUACUUAAAGUCCUCAAGUUGUACAAUAUUGAGAGCAGAGUCCUCUCCUGCACUCAUGAUAACAGUCCAAAUGCCGUACAUGCCUGCCAUUCAUUGAAAGAGGAUAUUGAUAGUCAAAAAGUGGGGCCGUUCUGCUAUGUUCCCUGUGCUGCCCGUACUUUAAACUCGAUCAUCAAUGAUGGAUUAGGAGCUACAAAACCAGUGAUCUCUAAGAUUAGGGAGUUUGUGCUGGAGAUGAAUUCGUCCUUGGAAAUCUCAGAGGCUUUUAUUCAAUUUUCAACAGCUUAUCAAGAAGGUAGUUGGAAAUUUCCUCUUGAUGCUUCAGCUCGGUGGAGUGGCACUUACCAGAUGCUUGAUGUUGCGCGUAAGGCUCCAAAAUCCAUGGAGACUGUGAUCAGGAAGUACGAGGAGGUGAUAGGGAAUAGGAUGCUAUUAGGCUCUGUAGAGAAGAAUUGCGUCAAUAUAAUGCAUAAUUUUUUUGAACCCUUCUAUAAAACCACGAACAACAUUUGCACAAACAAAGUGCCGACCAUUGGGCUUGUUCUCUUCUUCAUGGAUCACAUUUCUGAUAUGAUUGCUACUUACAGAGACUCCCGGCAGAGCCCAGAUUGGCUCAAGAAAGAUGCUGAAAAUAUGGCCGCAAAGGCUCGAAAUUAUAAUGAACAGGUUUGCAACGUAUUCACAUAUAUGACUGCAAUUCUUGAUCCCCGGAUAAAAGUUGAACUCAUUCCUGAGAGUCUCAACUUGGAUAACUAUUUAGAGGAAGCAAGAACACAUUUCAUGAGAAAUUAUUCUACCAGCCAUUUCCAGUCUAUGACCAGUGGCUAUGGUGCUCAAGAAUUGGAAGAUGGAGGAAGUGUUUCUUUUGCAGAGGAAAUUGCUCGUAAGAAACGUCGGGCAAGCAUAAAUUCCGCUACUGAUGAGCUUACCCAGUAUUUAUCAGAAGCCCCAGCCCCAAUUCCGACGGAUGUUUUCGAAUGGUGGAAGGUGAACAGCUCACGCUAUCCACGGCUAUCUGUUAUGGCUCGGGAUUUCUUAGCUGUACAGGCAACUUCAGUGGCACCCGAAGAGAUCUUUUGCAGCAAAGGCGAUGAGAUUGAGAAGCAACGGUUCUCCAUGCCCCAUCAGAGCACACAAGCUCUCUUUUGUAUAAAGUCAUGGACUGAAGGUGGGAUGAAGGUGAAGUACAAGUCGACUGAGAUUGAUUAUGAGAGACUGAUGGAAUUGGCAGCUGCUGCGGCAGCAGACAAUGGUGCCGUAGGUCUUGACAAGAAACCAAAAUGAUGACAGAGAAACGCCAUUGGAGGGCAUAUAAGAAGAAACUGCAACUUUUGACAACCAUUGGAAGGCAUGGGAAAGAUGUCCUAUGUGAUACAGAUAAUUUUCUGACUCUAUGAUACAUGUAAUUUAUUGUACUUUAUCUUCUUCUCUGGAGAGGAAAAUGGUGAUUUCAUUAUCCCCUUCUGAUUCUCUUUGUUGUAUGCAGAAGGUGAAGAUUGUGCAUUGAUGUACAUAUCAGAACGGAGAGAAUCCUAAUUUAAAAGGGAGAUAAACUUAGCUCUGCAAUAUGUCACAUGAACAUUUAGAAUAUGAUUCAUGUUUUAUAGAU